AUGGUAGUGUUCAAUGAAGUAACAAAACCUCAAAAACAAAAUGAACUGACCAAAGAAGAAGACCCAAAUUUAAAACAAAUAGAACAACUUGUUAAUGAUAUGAUUAAAAGCGACAAAAUUGUGAUAUUUUCCAAAUCGUACUGCCCAUACAGCCAAAUGGCAAAAAUGGUACCAAGAGUUUUUAUAAAUGGUACUUUUAUUGGUGGAGGGUCUGAUAUCCAGUAUAUUCACCAUAAAGGGAUGCUACAACCACUUUGCGAUAAAACCAUAGACAAAGACUCUAUAGAUUUACCGAAAGACCAGGGUCCUGUACUUGAAUGUGCUUGGGCUCCUAAAAACAAAAAACCUGUGGAUUUAUCCAAUGACAAAGAGUCCAAGGAUAAAGAACCUAUAGGUCAUAAAGAUACAUCAAAAACUAGGACUUCUACUGAUAAUUUGAAAAAUGGGGGGUCAACUAGCAAAACCAUCGAGUCCAUGGAUAAAUCCAAUGACAAAGGGUCUAAAGAUGUAUUAAAAAACGCAGAAUCUACUGGAAAAUCCAUUGAGAAGGAUCAAGAAUCUAAAGAUACAUUCAAAAAUAAGAAUUCUACUGAUAAAUCAAAAAAUGAGGGGUCUACUAGCAAAACCAACGAGUCCAAAGAUAAAUCUAAACACAGAGAGUCCAUAGAUAAACCCAAAGACUCGGACAAACCCAAGAAAAAAUAA